UCAGCUUACAAUGACAUGACAUAUAAAAAGCAAAAGGGUAUCAAUCCAAUCGGAUCAGUCAUCUGCUUCGUCGUAUAUGUGAUACUUUGUGGACAGAUAAUAACCCUUAUUGAGAGUCAGUGGCUAAUUGUUCCUGCUGGACUACAGGCCAUCGUUAACAGGCAAAAUGUUGACGGUCAAACGAUCAAGGUAAAAAGCAACUCUACUGCCGUUGGAUCUUGUGGUCUUGUAGGAAUGUGCUAUCCUUUCCAUACAGGUUCUAUUUUAGCUGAGGAUUUAGCAGUGAAGUUUGAGAAAUGUCGACUGUAUAACAACAAAGUGGAGUUGGGGGGGCAGGCUGGACUUAUAGCGAUAUCACUGUACGGAGUUGGCCUAGGUUUCCUGACCUUGAGCUGGAUCAUCUCCAUCUGCAGUUGCUGCCACGAUAAUAUCUGCGGCAAAAACAUUUUCCUGGUCCUGACUCACUUUAUCACACUAGCUUUUGUGAUGGUGGGAAGCGGAUCAGUCACGUGGAUGUUCACGUGGCACGAUGAGAGUUGUGCGAGUGUGUACUGCAACGCCACACCCCUCUUCAAGAACAACUGUCUCUUUGGCUGGAGCCUGUGGGUGUUAUCUGCUGUGAUAGUUGCACUAUUCUGCACCAUGAUAGCACUGUGUGCUAUCACUAAGCGACAUCUCUCAGCUGUAGGGACCUAUGCAGGUUCGACCCUAUCUGACACCCCGUCAAGUGCAGGUUUCAGGACCACUCUCCCUGACCCGCCACAGAAAUCCGCAGAAUACCGAUCCAAGUUGCGGAGAGGCCCGGAAACAACACGGGCUUCAUGUUUGCUAUGGUGUCGAACAGCCGGGAGGAGAACAGAGCCGGGGCCCGCCACAAGUUGAGCCCGUUGGACUUCAGACGCGAAACAGUGCCGCUUCAGAGAGAUCUACUGCCAGGUUCCCGCGAGGAGGUCCUGGAGUGUACGGUAGUGUCAGACUUAAGGAGUUCUAUUUUUAGAAAUUAUCUGAACGGUUUUGAGAACACCGCCGGGUGGAUCUUUCCUGGGUAUUUAUUGAAAAUUUAGUUUCAAAUUGAAAUAAAAUUGAAAGAAUGAAAGUUUAAUCGAUGAGUUCGGCUGUCGGGAUCCAAAGCUCUUAUUUUACUUAUUGCGCGUUUUAAUCAGAUGUUUUAGUUUGAUUUUAAUGCUGUCAAAAAUUUUGACAUGCUGCAAUUUUUAUCGAAAUUUUCAUAUCAGAAUUAACUUUGCAGUUUUGUACAUAGAUAUGUUUGAAUGUAGCAUUGACUUUA